UGAACCACUAUAUAUAUAUUCGCUUUCCUGACUCGCUCCGAAGCAGCAGCAACAGCCGAAAUGUCUGGACGUGGCAAGGGCGGCAAGGGGCUCGGCAAGGGUGGCGCCAAGCGUCAUCGCAAGGUCUUGCGUGACAACAUCCAGGGCAUCACCAAGCCUGCCAUCCGUCGUCUCGCUCGCCGUGGUGGUGUCAAGCGCAUCUCUGGCCUGAUCUACGAGGAGACGCGCGGUGUCCUCAAGGUGUUCCUCGAGAACGUGAUCCGGGAUGCCGUCACCUACACUGAGCACGCCAAGCGCAAGACCGUCACAGCCAUGGACGUCGUGUACGCUCUGAAGCGCCAGGGCCGCACCCUCUACGGUUUCGGAGGCUAA